UACCGCUCUGGCGGGAAGGUAACGGCGCUCCAUGCAGUCAUGCCGGCCACAUGACCUUGGAGGUCUCUAUGGACAACGCCGGCUCUUCGACUUAGAAAUGGAGAUGAGCACCAACCCCCAGAGUCAAACAUGACUGGACUUAACGUCAGGGGAAAACCUUUACCUAUAUAUACAGUAGAGUCUCACUUAUCCAACAUAAACGGGCCGGCAGAAUGUUGGAUAAGCAAAUAUGUUGGAUAAUAAGGAGGGAUUAAGGAAAAGCCUAUUAAACAUCAAAUUAGGUUAUGAUUUUACAAAUUAAGGACCAAAAAUCAUGUUAUACAACAAAUUUGACAGAAAAAGUAGUUCAAUACGCAGUAAUGCUAUGUACUAAUUACUGUAUUUACGAAUUUAGUACCAAAAUAUCACGUAUAAAUAUCAAUGUAUUGAAAACAUUGACUACAAAAAUGCGUUGGAUAAUCCAGAAUGUUGGAUAAGUGAGACUCUACUGUAUAUAUGUGUGUGUGUGUGUGUGUGUGUGUGUGUGUGUGUGUGUCAGCUUGAGUUACACUUAAAAAUAUUCUUGGUCUGACUUUCAUACAAAUUCAACAUAAAAACAAACCUAAAGAACCUAUCUUGGAGACUGCCUGUAUCUGAAUCCAAAUUAUUUGCCUUGACCUGGAUUAUAUGGCAGUUUCUGGAAUCAGAAACUUGACUAUAAGGCAUUGUAGAUCCAACUGGAGUUACACUGAUCUGAAGAUGCAAGUUAUUUGUUGAGUAUAGUCUUGGAUUCAGCUCUGCAUCUGUACGCUCUGGUAUGUAUGUGGCCAGGAGUGCUUGUGCACAGACAAAGUUAGUGUGCCAAUUGUAUCAAUUUCUGAUCAGACCAUGGGGAGAGGUGCUAGAUUACUGUAACAUGUUGCUCAUGAGACUGCCUUUGAAGAGUCUUUUGAAACUUCAGUUAGCAUUAAGAGCUACAGCCAAAGUGUUAACUACCUCUGGGUGCAGAGAUGAUACACCUUCUCUCCGCCAACAGAUUCUGUGUUACCUUAAAACCAACCAAAUUAAUUCCAGCAAUAACUUUCAUGGAAUAUAGUCUCCCUUCAACAGACACAUUUGCUACAAUGUGAUGAGUUGCACGAUACAUAUUACAGGCUACAACCAAAGGAAAUGAUAUACUAGAUAGUUCAGAAUAUCCAUACCAGUUGUCUGGCCACUGGGGAGCAGCAGGUACCUUGCAGUUGUGACCAUGUAUGGAGUAGAUCUUAUGAGCUCAGGGUUCUUAAGACGUUUGAGAUCUCCUUUGGGAAAUGCCAGCUAUAAAGAUGCGACCCUUCCCUACAUAUAAGAAGCACUUAAUAUAGAAAGUUUCCCAGAGUAAGACAGGCCACGUCGCUUCCCAGGAAAGAUGGCCAGCAGAAAAACCAAGAAGAAGGAAGGUGGUGCCAAACGGGCUCAAAGAGCUUCUUCUAAUGUCUUCUCCAACUUUGAACAGACACAGAUCCAGGAGUUUAAGGAAGCUUUCACACUAAUUGACCAGAACAGAGAUGGCUUCAUUGAUAAAGAAGAUUUAAAAGACACUUACGCGUCUUUAGGUAAAACAAAUGUCAAAGACGAUGAGUUGGAAUCAAUGCUUAAAGAAGCUACUGGCCCUAUAAAUUUUACAAUGUUCUUGAACCUGUUUGGGGAAAAGUUAAGUGGUACGGACACUGAAGAGACCAUACUAAAUGCAUUUAAAAUGUUUGACCCAGAUGCUAAAGGAAACAUUAACAAGGAUUACAUUAAACGUUUAAUGAUGUCUCAAGGUGACAAGUUUAGUGCUGAAGAGAUAGAUCAGAUGUUCCAAAGUUCUCCUAUUGACUCUGCAGGAAACCUCGAUUACAAGGCCCUCUGCUACACCAUCACACACGGAGACGAAAAAGAGUAGUCCACCUGUUUUUGAAAAUUGUUUCAUCAUCUGUGUCUUAUGGGUUGCAAAUAAAAUGAACUCCUGUACAAUA